AUGUUUCCUCUUAGAACUAGAUUCAAAAAAAAUACUUACCAACAAACUUACAACUUACACAUACGUUCGAAAAAAACAUACUUAAGCGAUUAUACUUUUUCGGAUGACCUGAAUCAUAAUAGAUUUGAAACUAGUCAUUAUGACAAUCAACAAUCUAAACAAGAGCUUAGUAACAGCUUGGAUAAUGAUGAUCAACAAUUUGAACCUAAUGAUGAUCAACAGUCUUAUCAUGAAAAUAUUGACCAGGACCAUAGUGACCAGGACCAUAUUGAUCAGAACCAUAUCGACCAGGAUCAGUACCAUAGUGACCAGUAUUAUAGCGACCAGGACCAUAUCGACCAGGACUAUAAUGACCAGGACUAUAGCGAUACAGACCAUAGUAACCAGGACUAUAACGAUUGGAACAACCUCUAUGAUACAGGAAAUAUAGAAUCUGAUCAAGAAUUUGAUGAUUUGAGUUAUGGUGAUCUAGAAAGUGUAGAUAAUGAAAUCAGAUAA